GGGGCGGGUCUCUCACGGAGGAGGGGUGCCAGCCCUGUGACUGAGGUAGAAGUUGCCUGGGCUUUGGCAGGGCUAGGAGGAAGCUGGCCUGGAAGGUAGGGGUUUGCCUAGGGCUUAGGAGGUCCGGGUCGGUUCUCUGCUCUCACACAGACUUCCCAUGUGACCUUGGUUGAGGCAUUUAGGCUCAGACGUUUCAUGGUGUUUAGCAGUUGGCUGCUCAGCAUUGCAAUUCCUAGCUACUUUCGGUAUCUAAAUCUCAUUUUUGAAUCUUACUGUCAAAACGAGAGAUGUAAGUUUCUAAAUCAGCUAGGCAUUAACGAUAACAUUAAAGACUAUCCAAACGCGUGCAUAUGAAGGAACAGAAUUUAGGUUCCGUGCAUAACUUCAGUUUGGUACUUGCUGACUUUUAAGUGUAUAACUUUGUGACCUUAAAGUUCAGCUUGCCUGAGGAAGAAGGAAACAAAAUGUGCGUUCCAGGUAGAUGACCGAACAGAGAUGCCUCCUUGUGUAACUGUUCUGAUUAUUGGAGCUGGAUGCCGGGGAAAACACUACUCUUAUUUUGCUGUACAUUUCCCCAGCCGAAUGAAGGUCUCUAGCAGGCCUAUUUGGCCCAUUGCUGUCCCUGAAUUCUUAGUGCUUUUGAGGCGAUGAGAGUCCCGAAGUCUCUUCAGAUCCGUGGGAGGGCUCUGCUGCUUCUGGUCCAGUCCCGAGUUUAGCAUGCUCUUAUGUUUCCUUGUUGGUACCCCUGAACUGGCCACCUAUCUUGAGAUUUAUACCUUCACCAAGGGACCUGCAUGCCAUCGUUGCCAGCAACCCUUCCUCCACCCCCAAGAGCCCUGUGGGUACUUCAGGGCUGGAGUUGCUGGUCACCAGAGUGAACAUAGAGGACGACAUGUUGGAUGAAGAAGUGGAGGCGGAGGAGAAUGAGGGACAGGCAACAGGGAGACCCAGUGGCAUGGAGAAUCAGGAUCUCCUUUUGAGUCCUGAGCUGUCUAGCCAGUCCCAGCAGCCCUGGCAAGCCGGAUGCAGGGGAGGGAACUUCUGGUAGUUGGAGUUGCAGAUCCUCGUGCUUUUGCUAGAAAUGAUCUUCAGAAGAUUCACAGCAUUGACAAGAAAAAUGUAUUUAAUGACUGGAAAGUAGCCGCAGAGAGAGAGAGGUUUGCGGAUGCUGUUAUAAUAGCAACGCCAGACAGACUGCAUAAGGCUCCAGCGAUAGCUUUUGCUAACAAAGGCUACCACAUUCUGUUGGAAAAGCCCAUGGCAGUAACACCUGAGGACUGCAAAGAAAUUGUGUCUGUAUGUAAAGCUAACAAUGUCAUGCUUGCUGUGUGCCAUGUCCUGCGGUACUAUCCAGCCUCACUGAAGAUAAAGGAGCUACUAGAUGCUGGAGCAAUUGGAGACAUCUGCCACAUACAGCAUCUGGAGCCCGUUGGAUUCUGGCAUUUUGCCCACUCGUUUGUGAGAGGAAAUUGGAGGAAUGAAGCAGAAAGUACAUUUUCUUUGUUAGCCAAAUCCUGCCAUGACAUCGACCUCAUUAAUUUUUGGAUGGGUGAUAAAAGAUGCUUAAAGGUGUCAUCUUUUGGCAGUCUUUCUCAUUUUACUAAUGAGCAUAAGCCCAAAGGAGCUGCCAGUCGGUGCUUAGACUGUUCAGUCGAACAAACCUGUCCAUAUUCAGCCAAGAAGAUUUAUCUGCACCGUGCAGAGAAGGGUUAUUUUAGUUGGCCAGUCUCUGUUGUGUGCAACAGUGGUGUUUGUGACAUAGAAUCUGUGACAGAGGCUCUACGCAGCGGUCCAUAUGGAAGAUGUGUUUAUGAAUGUGACAAUGAUGUUGUCAGUAACCAGGUUGUUAAUAUGGAGUUUGAAGGAGGAGCAACAGCUGCUUUUACUAUGAUGGCCUUUACGGAGCGGCUGGGUACAAGGAAAACCACAAUCUAUGGGACCAAGGGAGAACUAUUCUGUGAUGGGGGGGGACCAGUGCAAGUUUUUGACUUUUGCACAAGAGAGAAAACUGCUUAUCCAACAAACAAAUCUGCAUUCAUUCCAAGCCAUUUAAUGGGGCACGAUGGAGCUGACUACUAUCUGAUGGACAGCUUUAUUUCAGCGUUAACUGAGAAUAAACCAUCCCUCAUUCAGACCGGUCCAGAAGCAACCCUGCAGUCCCACCUCCUUGUAUUUGAGGCCGAGAAAUCCAGGAAAGAAAACCGUGUUGUGUUUUUAGAAACUAGAAAGGAACUCUUCCCGAAGCCUACAUACAAAUGAACUUUUAAAUUUGCUCCUUUUAUAUUUGAGGGGACGGAAUAAAAACUGGUCCUAGUUACCAGGGAAAUCAUGUCUUGUUUAUACUAAUCUGGAUUUAUAUCUGGGGAUGGGCACUAUAUAAAAUCAAAUUUUGCAUACUACAAAUCUGUAAAAUGCAAAAGGUUUGAUUAUAGAAUUUUAUAUAUUGUUUCAUUAAUUUUGUUGGAUAAAGAAAAUAUUAAAAAUCAUCUUCAGUA